AUGGAGAGAACUGACACAUUGAGAGCAGAGGUGGAGAAAGAGGAGGAGGACACUGGGACUAGUUUGUUUCACCGGGUCAUGGAGCAGAGGAAGGAUCUGCCUGAUGAAGACGUGAAGAUGGUGCUGCAGCGGCUCGUCCUGAUUGGCCAGCUCCCCCACGAUGUCGCUGACAGGACAGAACUUGGAGAUCAUUAUAGCAGACUCCACUUCCUGUUGAGCAAACAGCACAUGUGGGAUCAGAUGACGGGCCUGCUGCUGGUUUAUCCGACCUUUGUGCUGCACGUCAUCGAGUCGUCCAGGGACGUUCUCCUCGCUGUUCUCAAGGAUCUCAGAGACCUGCAGCUGCAGACAGACGGGUGCCUGAUGGAGGCUGCAAAGGUGGUGUCCAUCGCUCAUGUCCCUCACAGCAGGACGUUCCAUCAGUGGAGCUACAAGGUGCUGGAUGCAGCUGAUGUGGACCCACUGAGUGAGGGGUUCGAGGAGGACGAGGACACCACAGAGACACUGGUUUCCAGUCUCCUGUCAGCUCUGCACAAACUGGCCGAGCACCUCGAGAGGCCCAAGAAGACUGUCCCUGGAUCUGUGCAGCUGCUGGUCUCUCAGGAGCUUCCAGGGAAGCUGCUGUCUCGAGACCAGCUCCUGAGUCCAGAGGAGCAGCUGCAGAUGUUCGACUCGCCCGUAAACAUCAGCUUGGGCUUUGGACAAGUGAACCGAAGCAGCAGCCUCAACACAGUUUAA